AUGGUUGCAACGACUCCAACGGGAGGCAAGCAGCUUUUCAACCCAGAUCGAUCAAUCACAAAGCAAAUAAAGGCUCAGCAGAUCCAGCCGAAUUCGACAAAAAACCUUCCGGCCUUCUACCGCAAUGUUGAAGAAGCGCUUGACAAGCGCCGCGCAACUCAAAGUCUGUUCUCUAUAGUUCAUAGUAACUGGCAGACCAAAGAUGCUGUCGAUUUCUGCUCGAACGAUUACCUCAGUUGGAACACUACCGGUCUGAUUCGUAAGGCCUUCCUCGAAGAAUUGAGCCGCUACCCGGACUUCAGCGUUGCCGCUGGUGGUUCAAGAGUCAUGGAAGGAAAUUAUCCCUAUAUUGAAGAGACAGAGCUAGAAAUUGCAAAGGGCCAUAAUGCUGAGCAGGGUUUAAUUGUGAACUCAGCUUUCGAUGCGAAUGUCAUGGUUUGGUCUGCACUUCCAAGACCUGGCGAUGUGAUCGUAUACGAUAGCUUGGUUCAUGCAUCCACCCACGAUGGGAUGGAUCGAAGCCUCGCCAUUCAGAGAACCGAAUUCCAGCACAACAACAUCGCCGCAUUCCGGAAUACCUUGACCUCUAUCCUGGAUACUCAGCCGCUGAUCAAACAAGGUCGGCGCUCAAUACUCGUAGCAGUUGAAUCAGUGUAUAGCAUGGAGGGCGACGUCUGCCCCUUACUGGAGCUUGUUGAGAUAGCCGAUGAAAUCUCAGAAGGUCUUGGGAAUAUUCAAUUUGUAGUGGAUGAGACGCACAGCGCCGGGCUUAUAGGACCAAAUGGCACAGGCUUAGUGUGCGAACUGGGUCUGGAAGCCGACAUUGCGGUGCGGCUGCAUACGUACUCAAAAGCAAUGGGUUCCUGUGGAGGGAUCAUACUCAGCAACGAUAUCGUGAAGUCUGCCUUGAUCAACUUUGCGCGCCCUACAGUCUACUCUGCAGCACCGCCAUUCCCGUUCGUCGCAGCAAUUCGAGCUGGACAUAGGCUACUCGGUACCCCAGAGGCAGGGCAAGAGAACGUUCAAUCCAUCGCUCGCACUUUCUUCGAGACACUGACGUCGCAUCGACUUUGGCCAGUCGCGCGAAAAAAAGGUCUGCUCGACGUGCCGUUAGCCAGUGGCUGGGAAGAACGCCCAUUUCUUACACACAUCGUUACUAUUUGGACUCGUCAGGAAUAUGUCUACUGGAUUUACAUGCAUUUCCUUUCAGCUUCAUUGUUCGUGCUCCCUGUAAAGCAUCCGGUUGUGCCCAAUGGGCAAAGUCGACUUAGAGUCACAUUUCACGCUGAGAACACCACUACGCAGGUGAUAAGCUUGGUGGAACAAAUCUAUGUAUGGGUGGAGGAAGCCAUGGCUAUCGAAGAUGGAAGAUCAGGAGAGAAGGUCACUGGAGCAGCCAAACAAGUAUAUGCAUGGAUGAAGGUAGAGGGCUUGAGUGGCUUCGGGAUGGUUUAG